CUGCAAAAUAGUUACUCCUCGAGCCCCUUCGCUCCUAGUCACCCGGUGGACAGCGGUAAAUCAUCCUGUCUCGGAUUCCUUCCAGCCUCGAAACCUCUCUAGAAUCGAAACCUCCUCUAUCGGACCAACUAUUUCCAACCGAAGAAACGGAACCUGCUUCAGACACAACAACCAUCUUUUGACCACCCUUUUGUCGCUCCCUUUCGAAAACCAUGGGCAAGUCAACUGUUAGUGGGAAACAAGGUGACGGCCAGCUCAAAAUGAUGCAGUGUCUCCUCAUCCUAUUUCCGCUCUCGGCUUCCUCUAACUCUGAAUCUGGUAAUAAACAUGCACUGGAAGAUUUGGUCCAAAGAUGCAAGGAGGAGUGGCUUCCGAGGGUGGGCACAGAAGAGUAUAAGACUUUCCAAGGUGCAGAAUUGGACAGUAUCAGCUGGGAAGGACUCACCUCAGAGUUUGUGUCCGCCUUCCCUGAUGCCUUCCCGAAGGAUGCGAAAGCUCAAAAGACACAAGCCUAUCAACUUCGCAGUCAGCUCAGGCACAAUCUUGAACAGAUGAGCCAGCUCCGCGAUUGGCCUGAUAAGUCAUUCCCUAGACCACUACGGCAAUUCGUGUGUGCAGGCUUCACUGAGGACAUGAACGUAUGGUUAGUUCUUCGCGGCUCUGCUGUAAUUCCUUCUGGCGAUUUAACUGGUUUAAAACCGUGGAUCAAACAUAACCGGGACUUGAAACAGCUGGCGGAGAUUCUGGGCACUUCAUGUCUAUUUAGCAAACCUCUCACCGAUAAGAAGCUUACUGCGACAUCACUUCAAGACUGUAUCCAGAAGCUGGAGGUUUUAUUUUGUGGCUCAGGAAUUGAUCACGUCAACUCGGGCGAAGCAACAUCUGUGGUGGCAUUUUACCUGUGCGAAGCGGAUGACGACGCCUUUAUCAGACAUUUUCGAGGUUUACCUUGCCUGUCGACAAUCGGUAGGGACCCCAGUUCCGAGCCUGGGAAAUGGCAGUACCGAUGCGUUUUGGAAAAGCACGAGUCGUCGGUCACCCAAGACGAUCUCUUCAUAAACAAUCGACGACCGACAUACUCCAAGGCCUUUGAAUCUCAGUCUCAAGCUCUUCAAUGCUGGGAAGACAUCGUUGGAAGGUCCCAACAACUUUUAGAUCAUCGCUGUCCAAGGCCUUUUCCGGGCAGUAUGAGCAUGUCAGAUCGUCCUGAGGUUUUUGAGGCCGUCAAGCUCAUCCGAGCAUAUAUGCCCUGAAGAAAAUAAUGACGACAGAACCACCAGGAAAUUUAUCUGAAAUUACAAAAGUGGACGGAGAUUAACAAACUGAAUCAAGUCCCAGAAAAAGCUGCCGAAUAACCAUUGGUGUCCGAAGGACUUGUUGUUAGUAUUUUCAGUCUCACUCGCUCACUCGCUCACUCAUUUUACAACAGCGCUUGUGCGUGAGUUAAAGUAAUGUCAUACCACAGACACUAUGACUAGGCAAAUCGAGACUUUAUGGACCGACGAGGAUGGUUUCGACUGGGAUACUCCUCUCGCAUAUGUAAUAUUUUAAUAGCCUCAUUGUUAACAGGAUCAGAG